UGGGCACCGCGUGCGGAUGAGACCUGACCAGCCGUCGUUGACUGACUGGGGGCUCAGCAACCAGGAGAGAUGGGCAUUCUGGAAACGACGGUGGGCGCGGUCGUCGAGGCGGGAGGCAGCACCGCAGCAGGCUCAAUACUUCAGUCGCGGCGGUCUCCGAUCUUAUCUUGGUCAGCGCCUCAGCGGCUCGUCCUGCUGCUCUGCUCGCCGCGGAGAGGUGUUCUUGAAUCUUGUUCGAGGGGCAUAUAUUUAUAUGACAAGGUGAAUUCAGACAUGGCAGAUGCCCUAUUUGUAGUCCUCAGAAAAGUUGCUCUUUCCCUGGGGGAACGGACGCUAGAGAGGAUUGGCGCGGAGGUGGUCGAAGCGGCACCAGUUCUGACAGAUUUCGAGCAUAGCUUGAAACAGAUCGAGGACGAGCUUUUGAUUCUGCAGGCUUUCGUUGGUCAGGUUGGGCCGCACAAAGUUGGUGACAAGGCAUUCGAUGCCUGGCUGGACCAAGUGAGAGAUGUUGCCCAUGAGGUAGAAGACAUCAUUGAUGAGCAUGCUUACCUUGCUGCUCAAGCUGUGGAUACUGGCAGCUUCUUUAAGAGGAAGUUCCGUCAGAUAAAAAACUUCGUAGCAUGGCAGAAGUUUACUAGCCAGAUCAGUCAAGUAGAAGCUCGAAUUCAGAGGCUAGGAGAAAUGAGGAAUCGGUAUGGCAUCUCGGUAGGUGAAAUUCACAGGAGUAACAAGUUGAGGCACCCCAAUCAGCUCUUUAUGUCAGAAUCUUCUUACUUAACCGAUAAUUCUGAAAUAGUGGGGCAUGCUGAUGAAAUCGAAAGAUUGACACAAUGGCUGCUUGAGGAGAAACAAGAGCGAACUCUGAUUGCCAUCUUUGGUAUGGGAGGUUUAGGAAAGUCUACUAUUGCAAGCAGUGCCUACAAGAACCAAAAGAUCUCAAGAACUUUUGACUGUCAUGCAUGGGUUACUGUAUCUCAGACUUAUCAAGUUGAAGAACUACUAAGAGAAAUAAUAAAUCAGCUGAUAGACCAGAGAGCAAGCGUGGCAGGUGGUUUCAUGACCAUGAGUCGCUUGAGACUAGUUGAGGUAAUACAAAGCUAUUUGCGGGACAAAAAAUAUUUCAUUGUCUUGGAUGAUGUGUGGGACAGAGAUGCUUGGUUAUUUCUUAACUAUGCAUUUGUCAGAAACAACUCUGGAAGCAAAGUGCUGAUAACAACUAGGAGAAUGGAUGUGUCUUCUUUGGCAGUAGAUAAAUACGUUAUUGAACUUAAAACUCUUCCGUAUGCUGAAUCUUGGGAACUUUUCUGUAAAAGGGCGUUUUAUGCAUCAAAAGAUAACAUAUGCCCUGAAAAUCUGCGGUCUUUGGCAGAGAAAAUCGUUGCUAAGUGUCAAGGAUUGCCACUUGCUAUUGUAACCAUUGGAAGUACUUUGUCAUACCGUGAAUUCGAGGAGCAGGAGUGGGCAUUUUUCUACAACCAGCUUAGCUGGCAGUUAGCUAACAAUCCAGAGCUCAGUUGGAUAUCUAAUGUUCUGAAUAUGAGCUUGAAUGAUCUCCCUAGUUAUCUGAGGAUCUGCUUUCUUUACUGCAGCCUCUACCCUGAAGAUUACAGGAUUAGAAGAAAACUGAUUUCCAAGCUAUGGAUCGCAGAAGGUCUCGUGGAAGAUAGAGAAGAUGGAACAACAAUGGAGGAGGUUGCAAAGUAUUACCUUACCGAGCUCACUCAGCGUUGUCUUCUUCGAGUCACAGAAUGUAAUGCAUGUGGAAGACCUAGAACAUUUGUUAUGCAUGAUCUUGUGCGAGAGGUAACCUCAGUCAUUGCUAAAAAGGAGAAGUUUGGUAUUGCAUAUCGCGAUGCUGGGAUAACCAAAGUUUCCCAUGAAGCUCGCCGCUUAAGCAUCCAAAAAGGUGCCCAGUCCCUAAAUUCUUUAACCAGUUCACGACUCCGCUCAUUCAUUUUGUUUGACCCUGAAGUACCAUCUUCUUGGAUAUAUGAUGUUUUAUCACAAUUCAGACUACUGAGGGUCCUAUGCCUAAGAUUUGCCAACAUUGAACAAGUGCCAGGCAUGGUAACGGAAUUGUAUAAUUUGCGCUAUCUAGAUUUUUCUCACACAAAAGUGAAGCACAUACCAGUAUCAUUCAAAAAACUUAGGAACCUACAAGUUUUAGAUCUCAGAUUCAGCUAUGUGGAGGAGCUGCCAUUGGAAAUAACUACACUAAUUAAUUUACGCCAUUUAUAUGUGAUUGUAAUCCAUGAUUUGCAACAAAGAUCAUUGGAUUGCUUUAGUGCUGUAAAAAUUCUUGGUAAUAUUUGCCAUCUAAAGAAUUUGCAGACUUUACAUAUUGUUUCAGCCAAUAAAGAUUUGGUUUCACAACUGGGGAACUUGACACUGAUGAGAAGUUUGGCUAUAAUGAAAGUGCGGCAAAGCUGCAUAGCAGAGUUAUGGAGCUCCCUGACAAAGAUGCCUAACUUGAGCAGGUUGCUCAUUUCUGCAUGUGAUAUGGAUGAGGUUCUUGACUUGAGAAUGCUCAAGCCAUUACCAAAUCUGAAGUUCCUCUGGCUUUCAGGAAAGUUGGCAGAAGGUGUUCUUCCAUUGAUAUUUUCCAAGUUUGAGAAAUUGGCAUUGUUAAAGAUGGACUGGUCUGGUCUGAAGAAGGAUCCUAUUAUCUCCUUCUCUCACAUGUUAAACCUAGUUGAUUUGCGGCUAUAUGGGACAUAUGGUGGGGAACAGCUAACUUUUUGUGCAGAGUGGUUUCCUAAGCUCAAUUCUCUGCAAUUAGCUGACAUGGAACAUCUAAAUUGGAUAGAUAUAGAGGACGGAACGAUGAUAGGUCUGUAUCAUCUGGAACUUAUUGGUUUAAGGAAUCUAAAGGCAGUUCCAGUGGGCAUCAAGUACAUUAGGAAACUUCACCAGAUGUUUCUGACAGAUAUGCCAAACGAGUUCAUACAAAGACUGCAAGGAAGUGACGAUGACAUUGUUCAGCAUAUACCUAAUGUUCAUAUUUUUGACUCUUCUGAUUCUAAAGCAGUAAAUACCUUCCAUUUUGUGCCAUACCUUGCCAAGAAGUACGGCCCUGGCGCAACCAAGUAUGCCCCUACAUACUGGGGCUCAUCCAGCAUUUGACAUUUCGGUCGCAGCUUUCAGUAAGAAAUAAAUAUGUAACUCCUUUGUAGACCAAUCAUUUGAAGAGUAAACAAUAUGCAGUCCCUCAUGGUGCUAAAACUCUAUAUGAGAUCGUUUUUUGUGUUGUGUAUCAUCCCUUGUUUGUGUUGUGCCUCAUAUGUGAGUUUCUCACUUAGCUCCUGAUAUGGUUUGCUACUGUCAAUAAAGAUAAACACAAGAAAAAUUCAGCAGUUGCUGCAUGGAGGCUGUAACUCGAGUUUUUUCGGCUGUGCUUCCUGAAAAAUGGCUAUCAGUAAAGUCGUGGACAUGUG